UAUAUAUAUGACUUAUGAGCAUAAAAACACGAUGUUAUACUCGGUAAACGAGUCAAACGAAAUAUAUUUAAUUAUCCAUCUGGUCAUUGGAGAUUGAGGAUUGAACAUAAAGGUGGUAUUUCGACUUGUCACCUUACUCAGCAAUGUUUAGAAAUCAAUAUGACCACGAUGUUUCCAUAUGGAGUCCACAAGGACGAAUUCAUCAAAUCGAAUAUGCUAUGGAAGCUGUAAAGCAGGGCUCAGCUGCAGUCGCCUUGAAGAAUCAUGACUACGCCAUAAUUGUUGCCUUAAAGAGAGCACCAUCCGAGCUCUCUUCCUACCAAGAAAAGAUAAUUCAAAUAGAUGAUCAUGUAGGGGUGGCAAUUUCGGGUUUAACUGCUGAUGGCCGGCUUCUUAGUCGUUCAAUGCGUCGUGAGUGUGCGGAUAGCAAAUGGGCAUAUGAUGAGCCACUCCCAAUUUCACGUCUGCUUUCUAAAAUAGCUCUCAAGAUGCAAGUUCCUACUCAGAGAUACGGUCGACGACCUUUCGGAGUUGGUAUGCUAGUUACUGGUUGUGAUGCCUUGGGACCACAUGUUUACUACUUGUGUCCAUCCUCAAACGCAUACGAUUGCAAAUGCAUAGCCAUUGGUUCUCGCUCUCAGUCAGCUCGUACUUACUUGGAACGACAUUUAAAUGAAUUUAAAGGUUCAUCUUUGGACGAUUUAAUUUGUCAUGGAUUGAAAGCUUUAAACAGCACGUUGCCAAAUGAAGUCAGUUUGAACAUAAAGGUGAGUUUAUUUUCAUCAAAACCGAUCCUAUAAAUGUAUUUUGACAUCAAACUCAGCCGAACCUACCUCAUUUUGGGGAACUAGCUAGUGUUAUUGACUUCGACAGAGUAUGCUUUAUGCCCAAGUACCCGGUGAAUGAGUCUAUUUAUUUAUUAUAUUCAAGUUUAGAUACAUUUGAGUAAGAUAUGUAUGUGCUGUUAAAUCCAAGAAUCAGGUUACUGAAGGUUUUUAUAACGUUCACUGCAAACUUUAAUCUCUCACUAGAUGAUUUGUCAGUUGGAAGCUUAUAGAAGACUGUUGCUGAACAUUACUUUCUACUUAUUUUUAGGUCAAUGGUAGUGUGUAAAAAAUUGUUGAAGCAAUGAUUUAUGGUAAAACUUUAGUGUGUUGUAAAAGCUUUUCAUCUACAUAGAAUAUCCUCCAACAUAUUUCACCCCUGGUGGGGAGAGUCUACUCUCCCUCUCGAAAUGCUCUCACAUGGCCAGCGAAUAUAUAGCCUCU